GGUUGGAUUGGCAUGUGGGUUACUUGGGUUUGUUUUAGAGUUUCUACGUUAAGUUCUUCAAUUCCUUUAUUUUUUUCACUUUGCCUUUUUUCUAACGAUUCUUACGUAUAAUUUAGCAGUAAAAGACAUGGUUUUGAUUAUUAAGCCCUCACUCACUCUCCACGAAUGGAUCUAGAUGACAUCUGAAGACGAAUGCUAAAUUCAAUGUUGUUCAAGUGGGAAUAUUGGUGAAUGCCUAAACUUUCCUACUUUAACGGAUUCAUCAUUCUUAUUUGGUAAAUUUUUGUAUUGAGCCCAUUUCCUCUACUCCUGUUUUUCUAGGAUUUUAGGCUUUUGUAAGUUAGGCAUACUUCUAGUAUAAUUGGCAUUACUUGCCAAAUGGAAAGGGUCUGCAAUCUGUCUGUCUUCCUUUUUGGUUUUGUGUGAGUUGAAUUCAAUAUUUUCAUUUUUCUCACCUUUUCUAUUUCCGCGAGCUGAAUAUUUGGUAGAAGAUGGAAUUCUAUGCGUUUGCCCCUAUUGUGCACGUGUCGGUCGUCGAAGAAAGGGAAGGGGGAAAAAUGUUUAGAGAGUUUUUCAAGAGCGUAAAAAUGUUUAGCCGAAGAACCUCCGAUGUCAAAGUUAGAAUUUAGAGAGAAAAAUGUUUAGAGAGUUUUUCAAGAGCGUUGGAAGUGCCUUUUGGAGAAGAAAAUAGGGUUUUUAUAGGAGAGGGUAUAACUUAUGGUUUAAUGUGUGAUAUAAUGGAUUAAUUAGGCAAUUAAUCCAUUAAUUGGUUAAUCAACACAUUUUAGGAAUAAAUAUUUUGGGGGUUAUGUGAUUUAUGUGAAAUAUUUUGUAAGUUAUGGAAUGAUUACCUUGUAGAAAAUAUAGGAUGAGGAUGGAUGAAAUAAUUUUGAAUUUGUUAUCUAUUUUGGGCAUUUUUUAUUUGGUUGAAGAAUGACUUGCGAAUAGGAAUCCCGUUGUACUUUAAGAGUAUUUUUGCCCUCUUUUGUCCAAAAAUCCACGUGUCGCCUUGUGAUUAUUUUUGGCUCGACAUGUAUGUAAGGACCACAACCAUCCAAAUUCUGCAUUUUUCCAAUAAAUUAUGAGAAAAAUGAAUUAUGAGGAAAUUAUGGGAGAUCGUGUCAGGCUUUGUUGGCCAUGAAGUUCCCCAUACAGGUGAUUAAUCAUUUCCCAAUCUUGUGCUCAAUUUGGUUGAUGAGAAAAUGAUUGAAAAAGAUUUUAUUUUAUUUUAUUUUAUUUUUUUAUUUUUUGGUUUGUGUAUGGAGUAUGGAGUAUGGAGUAUGGAGUAUGGACUAUGUAUUAAUUUAUAAUUUUUUGGGGAUACAGAGGUCAUUGCUGGCUGAGAUUACUGUGAGUUCAACAUUUGUUUUUCUUAUGAUUUCUAGGCUUUUAGAUUAAAAAUGUUAGCUUCAAUAUCUUGGUAUAUGAUCGAAUACAAGAUUGGGUAAUGACACCAAUAGAAUCUGGGUUUCUAGUAACUAACUCUUACUUCGUUCUUUAUCAUAGCAUUAUAGAUUCAAAUUGGAUGUGGUGCUGUUGUCAGUUGAAUUUUUUUUAUAUGUAUAGAUAUAAAAUAUUUAUUACCUGUGUAAAAUAUGAUUGGAUGAUAAUUCGGCGUUGGGUCGUUGUAUAUCAUGCUUCUGUUGCUCAUCACCGAUGGGAACCCUAUCACUCCGAGGGCAUGAGACAGGCUAUAGCUAAUGUUGAUGCUUUGCUGAAGAAGUAUUGGGCUGACAUUACGGUUAUGGUUUUCAAGACUGGUGCUUCAAAUUGUGCCUUCAGGAUCAGCUUAUGCAAAGUUUGUGAAAUACCAAGAUUGAAGUUAAAAACAAGGAGAGGCCUGAACCAGCAACAGACUCAUCACUUCCACUUGCUUGCUCUGACUCGUCGCUUCCGCUUGCUUCCUCAAACGACUUAUCGCUUCUGUAGGAAAAGUGAUUUUCCUUAACAAUUGAAUGUACCCAAGUACAAUAUUUAUACAUGAAUUGUCGUCAUAACCAUCCUUGACUACUUGCAACAUAAAUGACAAAUGAAUUACACAACGGAAAGUGGUUACA